AUGGAAUCCAGCAUGCCUCGCACUCUUCUUUUCAUCGCCUUGCUUUCCAUCGUCGUCACUGCGGCACAUGCACGUGGUGGUCACAGGGGAAAGCAUGGUCGCCAUUUGGACCCUCAAAAUGUUACUUACGAUGGUAAGUCACUCUUUAUCAAUGGAAGACGUGAGAUGCUGUUUUCUGGUUCCAUCCAUUAUCCACGAAGCACCCCAGACAUGUGGCCUAUCAUUCUUGAUAAUGCAAGACGUGGAGGCUUGAAUGUCAUUCAAACCUACGUGUUUUGGAAUGCUCACGAGCCACAGCCGGGACAAUUCAACUUUGAGGGCAAUUAUGACUUGGUGAAGUUCAUUAAGCUUGUUCAAGCAAGCGGAAUGUUCGUCACUCUCAGGGUUGGGCCCUUUAUCCAAGCCGAAUGGAACCACGGAGGACUUCCAUAUUGGCUCAGAGAGGUCCCUGGCAUCAUUUUUCGUUCUGACAAUGAGCCUUAUAAGCAACACAUGCAAGCAUUCGUGACAAAGAUUGUACAGAUGAUGAAAGAUGAGAAGCUCUUUGCUCCCCAAGGAGGCCCCAUCAUCUUAGCUCAGAUCGAGAACGAGUACAACCACAUUCAACUUGCAUACGAGGAGAAGGGAGACAGUUACGUCCAAUGGGCUGCAAACUUGGCAGUAGCAUUUGACGUUGGAGUUCCAUGGGUCAUGUGCAAGCAAAGAGAUGCACCUGAUCCAGUGAUCAAUGCAUGCAAUGGAAGACAUUGUGGUGAUACCUUCUCAGGGCCAAACAAACCAUACAAACCAGCCAUAUGGACAGAAAACUGGACCGCUCAAUACAGAGUCAAUGGAGAUCCCCCAUCCCAAAGAUCCGCAGAAGAUAUUGCAUUCUCAGUUGCUCGCUUCUUCUCCAAGAGUGGAAACUUGGUUAACUACUACAUGUACCACGGCGGAACAAACUUCGGUAGAACCAGCUCUGCCUUUACCACAACCCGUUAUUACGAUGAGGCGCCGCUUGAUGAAUUCGGCCUUCGAAGAGAACCAAAAUGGAGUCAUUUGAGGGACGUGCACAAAGCUCUGCUCUUUUGCAGGAGGGCUAUCCAUGGUGGCGUUCCCACUGUGGAAAAGUUGAACGAGUUCCAUGAGAUUAGAAUCUUUGAGAGGCCUGGAUCAAACAUUUGUGCUGCUUUCAUCACUAAUAACCACACCACACUGGACGCCACCGUUAACUUCAGAGGCAUUAACUACUUUUUGCCUGCACAUUCCAUUAGCGUCCUCCCUGAUUGCAAGACCGUGGUCUACAACACCCGAAGUAUCGUUUCACAACAUAACGCAAGGAACUACGAGAGGUCAGCCAUUGCAAACAAUUUCCAAUGGGAGAUGUUCAACGAGGCUAUUCCAACAAUCAAGAAAAUGGACUUGUACCAAAGACUUCCAGCAGAGCUUUAUAGCUUACUUAAGGACACCACUGAUUAUGCUUGGUACACCACUAGCUUCGAGUUGACUCAAGAAGACUUGCCAAUAAAGCCUGGAGUUCUCCCAGUUCUUCGUAUUAUGAGUCUUGGACAUUCAAUGGUUGCAUUUGUGAACGGAGACUUGAUUGGAACUGCUCAUGGUACCCAUGAAGAAAAAUCUUUUGAGUUCGAGCGACCAGUACAGUUCAGGGUCGGAACCAACUAUAUUUCCAUUUUGGCUAGCACAGUUGGAUUACCCGAUAGUGGAGCUUACAUGGAACAUAGAUACGCAGGACCCAAGUCUAUAACCAUCCUUGCUCUCAACACCGGAACACUUGAUAUCACUGACAAUACCUGGGGUCAUCGGGUUGGUCUCAAAGGUGAGGGCCUGAAAGUUUUCGAUGCAGAAGGAUCAUUGAGGGCAAAGUGGAAGCCACUCGGUCCAAUUCCACGCCCUCUCACGUGGUACAGGACAAGAUUCGCCACCCCAGAGGGAACAGGUCCAGUUGCCAUCAGGAUGACGGGAAUGGGCAAGGGAUUGAUCUGGGUCAACGGUAAAAGCAUUGGUCGUCACUGGAUGUCUUUCCUCUCCCCACUUGGAACGCCUACUCAAUCAGAGUACCACAUCCCAAGAUCUUUCCUUAACCCACAAGACAAUUUGCUUGUUAUAUUUGAAGAGGACAUAACAGCUCCAGGACAGGUUGAGAUCCUGAAUGUGAACAGAGACACAAUCUGCAGUUUUAUUGCAGAGAACGACCCUGCGAAUGUGGAGUCAUGGGCGUCUAGGGGAGGAAACUUCUCGCCUAUUGUGGCAGUUGUUGGACCAGAAGCCUCACUAGUGUGUACUCCCGGGAAAAGGAUUGUGGCAGUUGAGUUCGCAAGCUUUGGCAACCCAAGUGGUUACUGCGGAGGCUUUGUUUUGGGGACUUGCAAUUCUGCUGCGACCAAGCAAAUCGUGGAGCAGGCAUGCUUGGGCAAAGAAACUUGCACGGUUGCUGUGAACCGUGCAGUGUUCAACCAGAACGGCGUGGAUCCCUGCCCAGAAAUAUUGGUGAAGAACCUUGCAAUCCAAGUCAAGUGUUCCUAG